AUGGAGGUUGAUAGUGAUCAUGACGUGAUUGCGGCAGCUAAACAAAAGUUGAACUUGCUGGGGUGUCUCACGAAAGCCAUCGAGGCGGAGUGGCAACGCAAAGAGGCUCUCCUGCAACAGCUACAGACUCAACUAAAUGAGAAACAAAGAGAAAAGGAAUCUGUGUGGCACCGCACACGCAAUAUCGGUGCAGAUACUGUGGCCACAUUGAAUGAACUGCGUGCUAUAGAAGAACUUUAUAUGCUAGACAGUAUGCUGGUUGAGAAAAACACACAAUUGCGCUUGCAGCAGCAAAGGCACGACAUGCUACUUCAACAGUUAGCCAACAUGGAGGCGGUUUUAGACGGGGUGGGGAGCAACGAGGAUUUUGACCUUAAAAAGUGGGCUUCUUUUUGUGAACGUAUGCAUCGAUACAUUGAUGCUACAGAUCGAUAUUGUACUCGUCAUACAUGUCACGUUGUAAUUCAUCCUGUUUCGGUCAUUCAUCAGAGCAUUCGCAAGAUGUCUCGGACGGCACGAGAGCGUGAUGAAAGACUUGUCAUUCAACUGGAGUGUUUAGAAAAACAAAUACAGCACGCAUCAUCAUUGGACAGUACUCUUCAAAGCAAUGAAGCUAAAUAUAGGUGCAAGUGGGAGGAGCUGAGGCGCGGCAAUCGGGACCGGAUGCGGAAAAUAAAGAAUGCAGGGGAAGUGGAGACGAUGAAAUUGCGUCAGAGUCUUCAAGAGGUGAAAAAAGAACACAGUGAUCUUUUGUGCCGUUUGAAGGAGGAAGUGGUUGCCCCAGUGGAAGUUGACUUGCUGUCGCCGCCCCCAGUAUUGGAAAAUGCACAUGAAAUCUCCGCAUCGUUGCAUGAACCGCGUGUGGAGGGCCCAGACAAAAGCACGGAUGGUAACUCUGAAUUUAUCGAUAACACACUGUUGAGGUCGGUGCCGAUACUCCGACGCUCCCACCCCACUAGCAGGGGGUGGCUAACGAGUGCGAGUGCUGCUACGGCUACAAGCGACAGAGACAAUGACGAUAACGACACGAAUGACACCGGGAAUGAUGGUGUCGCUGUUGGGGUGCCAGAUGCUCCCGUUCACGUUGCACCCUUUUCCCAGAGUGCAAUGGGGUUGUCCUUCCAUCGCGCGGCGAGCCCCGCACCACCGGGCGAGAUGAACUCGGAGGUGGAGGAGCUUCGGUGCCAGGUCAUCGCAGCGGAGAGAGAUGUCGACCGGUUGCAGCAACGGUACGAAACAUUGAGGGAAGAGGCCGAAAGAACACUACUCGAGUGUGUAAAAAAAGAAAAGGCUCUGGAGGAAAAGCUUUGCAAGUCGCGAGAGGCGGUAUCUGUUCUUGAGAAGGAAAAGUCUGGGUGGCAGGCACUUCAUGAGCAGAUGUCACUUUUACUUUCUUAG